UUGCAUAAUAUAAAAUGUGUAAUAAAAUUUAAUGUUUGAAAAUAUUUUAAUAGAAAUGUUAGAAAUCUUAGAAUUCUGAUUGUAACAUAACGUUAAGUUGAUUUUAACAACUAUGCCAAUAUUUAUCUAACUUCGUUAAUAAUCUACAUUUUACAUUUUAAAAAGAAAAUAAAUAAUACAUAUAUAUAUUUUUUUAUUACUGUAUAUAUAAAUAUUAUACAUUAUACUUUUCUAUAGUUGGAGAUACAAUCAAAUGCAAUUAGGUAUAGUUUGUGUGUGACAUAGUGCGUUGCUGGGUUUAUUCUUUAAUUUAUAACGAACUGGAUCUAAUGAUUUAAACAAAAAACAACGUUUAUAUUCAAUGAUUUGAUUUAAAAAGGAAAUUCUCUUCGUCUAAAAAAAAAUGGCUUCAAAUGAUGGUAUACCACCACCUGCAGCGGUACCUGGAUUUCCACCAGCAACUCCAAAUAUUGCUUCUAGUUUUGUUCCACCUAUUAUGCCUACUGCACCCUUCAUACCACCUCCUAGUCUACCACCUGGUCCACCAGGCAUAAUGCCACCACAAUUCUCCAUACCUCCUCCUGGUUUUAGUUUUCCAAUUACUGCUGCUCCUCCACCCGAUGCUGGAGUUAUAGCCGCACCUCCUCAAAUAACAGCUCCAGGUAUUCCUCCACCAGCACCUAUAACGGGCGAUAAUGGAUCUACUGUUCAGUCUAUUACGACAGCUGAGAAGAAGACUGAUUGGACUGAGCACAAAGCUCCAGAUGGCAGAACAUAUUAUUAUAAUAGUGCUACAAAACAAUCAUUAUGGGAGAAGCCUGAUGAAUUAAAAACACCUAGUGAAUUGCUUUUAUCACAGUGUCCUUGGAAGGAAUAUAAAUCAGAGAAUGGGAAAGUAUAUUAUCAUAAUGUAACAAGUAAGGAAUCAAGGUGGACUAUUCCUACAGAAUUGGAAGAACUGAAAACAAGAAUUGCAGCUGAAGAAGCUGCAGCAGCUGCAGCAGCAGUUGUUGCGAAUGCUACAAACACUAUAGUUCCUGUAGCUAUGCAACAUUUGUCUCCAAAUAUUGCAAUUACAAAUGCAUCGCAAACCAGUACACCAGAACCAGGUGGCAAAUCUGCGAUAGAGCAAGCUAUGGCUGCGACACUUGCAGCAAUAAACAUUCCUACUCCACCUGCAAAACCAGAUGAGGAUAGCAAUUCUGCUAAAGGAUCAGCAAAUGAUAGCCGUACCAGUACUCCUGAACCAAAAAUGCAAUUUAAAGACAAGAAGGAAGCAAUCGAAGCGUUUAAAGAAUUAUUAAGAGAAAGAGAUGUACCGUCUAAUGCUACAUGGGAACAGGCAGUAAAGUUAAUUCAAAGUGAUUCUAGAUAUCCUCAAAUGAAGAAAUUAAAUGAACGCAAACAAGCUUUCAAUGCAUACAAAACACAAAAGCUUAAAGAGGAGCGUGAACAAGAAAGAUUGAGGUUAAAGAAAGCUAAGGAAGACUUAGAGCAGUUUUUGCUAGAAAAUGAUAGGAUGACAAGUACAACCAAAUACUAUAAAUGUGAAGAAAUAUAUGGGAAUUUAGAAGUAUGGAGAGCUGUAGGUGAUUCAGACAGGCGAGAUAUAUAUGAAGAUGUUAUUUUUAAUUUGGCUAAACGUGAAAAAGAAGAAGCAAAACAAUUGAAGAAAAGAAAUACCAAGAGGUUAGCCCAAGUUUUAGACACUAUGACAGAUGUCACAUAUAGAACAACUUGGCAAGAAGCACAGGCACUACUUUUGCAACAUGCAGCUUUUGCAGAAGAUGCAGAUUUAUUAGAAAUGGACAAAGAAGAUGCCUUACUCGUGUUCGAAAAUCAUAUACGACAGCUAGAAAAAGAUGAAGAGGAAGAGAAAGAACAUGAGAAAAAACGUAGGAAACGUCAAGAGAGAAAAAAUAGAGAUGCGUUUAUAAGUUUACUCGACGAACUACAUGAGCAAGGAAAAUUAACAUCGAUGUCACUUUGGGUAGAACUUUAUCCAAUGUUAUCGGCUGAUUUAAGAUUUUCUGCUAUGCUUGGUCAAUCUGGAUCAACGCCCUUAGAUCUUUUUAAAUUUUAUGUUGAGGAUUUAAAGUCUAGAUUCCACGAUGAGAAGAAAAUUAUAAGAGAAAUCUUAAAAGAUAAGAACUUUGAAGUACAAGUUAAUACUACUUUUGAAGAGUUUGCUACCGUUGUAUGCGAAGACAGAAAAUCUGCAACAUUGGAUGCAGGAAAUGUAAAACUGACGUACAAUUUAUUACUUGAAAAAGCUGAAGCAAGGGAGAAGGAACGCGUAAAAGAAGAAACUAGGAAGUUUAAGAAAUUGGAAACCGGUUUCAAGAAUUUGUUGAAGUCUCUCAAUGUUGAUUAUCAAAUGACGUGGGAAGAUGUACGAACGAAAAUUGAAGAGGAACCAGACUUUAAAGCAAUCACGUUAGAAAGUGAAAGAGUUAGAAUCUUUAAAGAAUAUCAGCAUGAACUCGAAGAAAGUUGUAGCCAUCAUCAUAUCAGAAGUAAAAAGAAAAAAACGAAAAAAGUGAAACGGAAAUCACGAUCUAGAUCUCACAGUGAGUCUGAAGGAAGCGAAAAAGGCUUGAAGAAAAAACGGCAUAAGUCACGUUCACCUAGUGUUCCUAGUAAAUCAGAUAGUUCUGAAUCUGAUACUAGAAAAUCAAAAAGGAAAAAGAAUAAAAAGAAAAGAGGACGAAGUCAUUCUCGGUCACAUUCGAGACUUCCAUCUUCAGAGGAAUCACCGGAAAGGAAACGAAAAGAGGAGAAACAUAGGAGAGCUUCCGCUCAUAGUGAAGGUUCUGUUACAGAGAAUGCAGAGCAUCAUGAACUUUCGGAAGAUGAAUUAGAAAAACAAAGAGCGCAAUUACUCCGGGAAUUACAGAUGCAACAGGAAGAUAACUAAGAACACCACGUUUUUUAAUGACACCUUAUGUAACUUUAGAUUAAUGCAAUAUUAAAUUAAACUUUGUACAAACUAAAUUUUUUUU